AUGGGUCCAUUCCCUGGUUGGGUAAGCCAAAGGUUGCCUAUUCUUGGUUUGACCCUUGCUGCUAGCGCCGAGGUUGAGGGCGCUUUUUGCCCUGAGCUCAUUGCUGGCUUCUAUGUAUGGUCCAGAGUUGCUGACCAAGAAUCCCAAAUAGAAUCACGUCUUCCUUCUAAGGAUAUUCGCUGCCUCUCCGUCUUCAUGCUUUGCCGGGUAGUUGAUGUCAUAGUUGAUUGGCUACCGGAGUUGAGGACUUAUAUCAGCUUCUUUCCCGACCUAGCGUACUUUCUACCAGACUUUAGGGCGGGUACUGAACCUGUAGACGAAGAGAGGGAAACCCCGGUUGGUAUGCUACUACAAUCACUCCUGCCGUCGGAUCGGCAGCAAAGGUUGAUACUUCAAUCUCAUUUCGAGCAGGUAGCGGAGGAGCUAUCGCCUAAGUUAGAAGAAGAAAGGAUAGAAAGUAAGCCCUUUGACCCGCUUAAGUAUCGAUGGUCUUGGUCAAGCAUUUCUCCCCGUGACGCUUCCCAAAGAGGAGCUCAAGGUCCGAAGUAA